GGGUUGUCUGCGUUUGCAAAACAACCGCACAAAAAAAUCUCAGUGCUCCAGUUAUGUUCUGUCUCAUUCUAUUUUUACUAUAGAAUCUGAAAAAGAAUUAAAACGUUGAAAUCAUGAGUUGAGACAUGUGUGGUAUCUCUUUAAACCCCGACAAAUUCCUCAAGUGAUGAUGAACUGCAUAUGCUUGAAGCAGAGUGAAUGAUUCUUUUCUUUGAGCUUCAAACACAGUUAACUAUGUUCCUGCACGACACUGCUCCUUCAAGUUACUCAAAAGAGUGCUGCUGGCAUGAAGUACUGAUAGCAUGUUUGGUUUCUCGAUUUGUAGAGAAUCAAAGGGACAUUUACUCUACUUGUAGCUUCUAAGCAGAAUUGAUUCUACAGCAUUUCAUUGAGGAACCAAACAUGCGAUGAAGAACUGGAGCUGAGAAUUGGCUUUUUGUUUAGCUUUUUUAUCAAAGUGAAACCCUUCCGGCAGCAUGGUUAUCAGCAGAACAUUGUUCCUUUUGGUUUUCUGCUUGUGGAUUCCCUUGGAAGUGGUAGGGAGGACAGGACCUUCAACUACCCCUAUGAGUUCUAUUUCUUCAAGGCCAAAGGUUGUGAAAUUAGGAGCCUUGUUUCCUUUGGACUCUGUCAUUGGAAGAUCAGCUAGACCUGCAAUUAUGGCCGCCGUUGAUGAUGUUAAUUCUAAUACAAGCAUUCUUGCCGGCAUUGAACUCCAAGUUAUUGUACAUGAUACAAACUGUAGCGGGUUUAUUGGAACAGUGGAAGCUCUGCAGUUGAUGGAGAAUGAUGUGGUAGCUGUUGUUGGUCCUCAGUCAUCUGGAAUAGGCCAUAUCAUCUCUCAUGUUGCUAAUGAACUCCAUGUACCUCUUCUGUCAUUUGGGGCAACUGAUCCAACUCUAUCAGCUCUGCAAUACCCGUAUUUUGUACGUACUACGCAGAGUGACUAUUAUCAGAUGUUUGCAAUUGCAGAUUUAGUUGAUUAUUACAAAUGGAGGGAGGUGAUUGCCAUUUAUGUAGAUGAUGAUAAUGGAAGGAAUGGAAUUGCUGUAUUGGGUGAUGCUCUGUCAAGGAAACGCGCCAAGAUCUCUCACAAGGCUGCAUUCCCUCCUGGAGCCACAAAAAGUGAGAUCAGUGAGUUGUUAAGUGGAGUAAACUUGAUGGAAUCGCGGGUCUAUGUUCUUCAUGUUAAUCCUGAUUCUGGUCUUGCAAUCUUUUCUAUUGCCAAAGAGCUAAAAAUGAUGGGCAAUGGUUAUGUUUGGAUCACUACAGAUUGGCUUCCUUCUAUGCUGGACUCGUUAGAGCGAGUUGAGACUAGCACAGUGAAUCUUUUACAAGGGGUUGUGGCUUUUCGUCAUCAUAUUCCUGAUACUGAUCUUAAGAAGAAUUUUAUCUCAAGAUUGAAAAGCCUUAAGGACAAGGAGACUGCAAACUUCAAUUCAUAUGCAUUUUAUGCAUAUGAUUCUGUUUGGUUGGCAGCUCGCGCCCUUGAUGUUUAUCUUAAUGAAGGUGGAAAUCUAUCUUUUUCCAAUGACCCUAGGUUGCAUGAAACAGAAGGAAGCAUGUUGCAUUUAGCAUCGCUUCGUACUUUUUCUGGUGGUCAACAGUUUCUGCAGACAAUUUUGGGGAUGAACUUCACUGGUCUGCGCGGUCAAGUUGAGUUUGACAUGGACAGGAAUUUAAUCCAUCCAGCAUAUGAUGUUCUUAAUGUUGUUGGUGCUGAAUUGCAUAAAAUUGGUUACUGGUCUAGUCACUCUGGUCUUUCAGUUGUGGCUCCUGAAAUUUUAUAUGUGAAAAACUCAUCUAAUACCUCUUCAACAAGUAGUCAUCAACUUUACAGUGUGAUAUGGCCUGGAGAGGCCAAAACUACACCUAGGGGAUGGGUAUUUCCCAACAAUGGAAAGAAACUGAGAAUAGCAGUUCCAAACCGAGUAAGCUUCAAGGAGUUUGUUGCUAAAGGUAAGAAUCCCCCAUGGGUACAAGGCUAUUCCAUCGAUAUCUUUGAAGCAGCCUUAAAGUUGUUGCCUUAUCCUGUGCCGCGACAGUAUAUAUUAUAUGGAAAUGGUGAAAGGAAUCCUAACUACAACCAGCUUGUGGAACGGGUUGCACAGAAUAACUUUGAUGCAGCUGUUGGAGAUGUUACAAUUGUGACAAAUAGGACAAGGAUUGUGGAUUUUACUCAACCUUUCAUGCCAUCAGGGCUUGUUAUUGUUGUUCCUUUCAAGGAGGAGAAGUCAAAUCCUUGGUCUUUCCUUGUGCCAUUCUCUACCCAAAUGUGGUGUGUCACUGGUGCUUUCUUUCUUUUCGUCGGAACUGUUGUGUGGAUUCUCGAGCACCGUCUCAAUCAUGAGUUUCGUGGUCCACCAAGGAAACAACUUAUUACAGUCUUUUGGUUUAGUUUCUCAACAAUGUUUUUCUCACACAGAGAGAACACUGUGAGUACUCUUGGGAGAUUGGUGCUAAUCUUAUGGCUUUUUGUGGUGUUAAUCAUCAAUUCAAGCUACACAGCUAGCUUGACAUCCAUCCUCACAGUGAGGCAACUAUCAUCACAGAUUGAAGGGAUUGACAGCUUGAUCUCGAGUAAUCAACCAAUCGGAAUCCAAGAAGGGUCGUUUGCGCGGAAGUAUCUGAUAGAUGAGCUCAACAUACCCGAAUCUAGGAUAGUUACUUUGAAAAACAUGCAGGGCUACAUUGAUGCCCUUCAGCGUGGCCCGAUAGGUGGAGGGGUUGCAGCAAUUGUUGAUGAGCGUCCUUAUAUUGAGGUCUUGAUGUCCAGCACCAAAUGCAAGUUCACAACUGUUGGGGAAGAGUUCACAAAAAGUGGCUGGGGAUUUGCAUUCCAGAGGGAUUCUCCCCUUGCUGUUGACUUGUCAACUGCUAUCCUCCAACUCUCUGAAAAUGGGAACAUGCAAAAGAUUCAUGACAAAUGGCUUAGCAUCAAGGGGUGUGUAACCAAUGGUGUUGAUUCAAACACGCUAUCUCUGACAAGCUUCUGGGGCCUUUUUACUAUAUGUGGCAUUGCAUGUGUCCUUGCUCUGAUUGUAUUCUCUGCUAGAGUGUGCUGUCAAUAUAACAAGAGCCUCAAGUCUGAGGAGGAUGAUGAAGAAAUUCAACCAACCAGUUCCAGAAGGACAAGUAGAACUUCUAGCUUCAAGGACUUGAUCGUUUUUGCAGAUAAAAAGGAAACAGAAAUUAAAGAGAUACUAAGGCAGAGUAAGAAAAGGAGGCACAGCAAUAGCUUGGACUUGCAAUCCAUUUCCACCCACCUAAAGUCACCCUCUGCAUUAUGAUUGAUGCAUUGAUUGCACUCUUUUUGUUUUUCUUCUUUUAGUUCUAUAGUGAUAGUGUUGGCACAAAUUAGUCUACACGUGUACGUAUAUUAUUUCCUUCUUGGCAAGGAAAUUGUGACUGCAAGAAUGUGAUUAAUCACAAUCUUUAAAAAAUAAAAGUUGGUUUGAUUUUCAAGUCACAUACCCUGAAUUUGGACAAUGAUGAUGCGUAUGCCUUUGUUGAGAGAAGGGUCGACACGAAAAUAUACCCCAACCAGAAUUCCCACCCUUGUGGUUGUGUGCUUCAAUUGCCUAGUAGUAUGAUGUUUAAGACUAGCCCUUUCAAUGUAGCCUAUGGUGUUAAUCCUUACAAGUUAAGUGUCAUUCAUUCAAGUGUAGUGUAAGUUUAGUUGUAUAAUGAUUUCAUUUGACAAUGAGUCUUGAUGCGCUAAAAACAUUAGCGGCAGUUAAAAAUCAUGUAUGUCUAAUGUAUGUUUAGCAAAAAGUGCGUAUGCUUUUCUUUUUCA